AUGGGCGACAAAUGGAGGCUUUUUUCAGGCAUAUUUGCAGAAGAUGCCUUGUAUAAUUGGGCAGUGACUCAACGUUCCGAAACACUUGCACACUCUUUUAUACUUGAUACAGGUUGUCAAAAAGAAAAAUGUUGGAGGUCUUUGAAAAGUUCUCACGACACCAUAUUUGAAAGAUGGGAAGACAUAAAAUCCAGAGCUGCACUACGAUCUAGAAUGGAUUCGUUUAGCGUUAAUGCUCUAGCUGAAGACAAUUUAGAGCCAUGGCUUGUGAGUCAUGUUUGGAUCUUUGUUAUUGAGGUGGUAUUAAAAGAUAUUGAAGAAAUAAGAAUUGGAAAGUCAGAUGGUGGUUCGUCUGCAUCAAAAAUUCGAAAAAAUAAGAAAAGAAAAAUCGGAGAAUCUUUCAAGGAAAUAUUAGCUGGAAAAGUAGCAAGAACAGGAGAUAUUCAUGAUAAAAAGUCUUUAAAGGACAGAAUGAAGCUAUUAAAACUUAUGAAAGAUAUUCUCGAUUUAAUUAUUGAGUCACUUCCAUCAACAACAAUUGAAAAUUACAGGAGAGAGUUAGCAAAGUCCAAUUUAGAAGCACCAAUAUACAUUGAAGGUCUUUGUGGUUUAAUUUUAUCAAUAAUUACAAUUUUAGAAUUAAAGAAUUACAAGGUAAAGUGUGAUGAUGAAAGUGUAUUCAAACUUUGCAAAUAUACGCCUUCAUAUCUUCUAAGUCUAGAAAGAUCAUAUGGUGGCGAAAAUAAUGAUUGA